GGAGUUUCGGCCUUUCUGCAGCGUCCAAGCUAGAACUCAUAUCCGAAUUUGCCUCGCGCAAAUAUGAAAGUCUUCCCGUACGGUCGCCAACUCUCGCUCACGUUGCCGUUGCUGCUCCUCAAGGCGCAGCGCGGCCGCGCGCAGGCGUUGGGCAGCAUCAUCGGCGGCUCGGCCAGCGAAGGCGACUCGCUCUCGUUCGUGUGCCCGACCGGCGAAGUCGUUGGCAAAGUUCUGUUUGCGUCCUACGGCACGCCGACGGGGGGCCUCCCCAACUACGCGGUCGGCUGGUGCGACGCAGCGACGUCCGUGGCCGUCGUCCAGUCGGCGUGUAUCGGCAACAAGGCGUGCGACGUCGCCGUCGACAGCGCGGUCUUUGGCGAUCCGUGCUUUGGGACGUACAAGCAGUUAGACGUCGCCUUGCAGUGCGUUGAUGAGAACCGGACCACGUCAUGGGUGACGUGA